AAGCUUCUGCCAGAGUGCAGUCUCCUGGUGAAUCAGCAAGGCUAAUAAACAUUAUCAUCUAAUUUGCAUAAAAGUCCACUCCUGGGUCCUCCUGCCUCAUAAAUAUUCAAACCCAUUUUUGAAAAAAGUAGAAUUUUCUAGCAUCCUCAAAUAUCUAACAUACUUAAAAUCUUUGGAGUUUGUUGCUUAUUGAUGGAAGCUAUGAAGUCUAAGGCUAAUUGUGCCCAGAAUCCAAAUUGUAACAUAAUGAUAUUUUAUCCAACCAAAGAAGAGUUUAACGAUUUCGAUAAAUAUAUUGCUUCCAUAGAAUCCCAAGGUGCCCACCGAGCUGGCCUGGCUAAGAUAAUUCCGCCCAAGGAAUGGAAAGCCAGGCAGACCUACGAGGACAUCAACGACAUCUUAAUAGCCACCCCCCUCCAGCAGGUGGCCUCGGGGCGGGCAGGCGUGUUCAUCCAAUACCACAGGAAGAAGAGGGCCAUGACCGUGGGCGAGUACCGCCACCUGGCCCACAGUGGCAAAUACCGGACCCCACCGCACUUGGAUUUUGACGACCUGGAGCGCAAAUAUUGGAAAACCCGCCUCUACGAUGCGCCCAUAUACGGCGCCGACAUCAGUGGCUCCUUAUUUGACGCGAACACCGAGCACUGGAACCUUGGGCGCCUGGGGACCAUCCAGGACCUGCUGAAGCAGGAGUGUGGGGUCGUCAUCGAAGGCGUCAACACCCCCUACCUGUACUUUGGCAUGUGGAAGACCACCUUCGCCUGGCACACGGAAGACAUGGACCUUUACAGCAUCAACUACCUGCACUUCGGGGAGCCCAAAACCUGGUACGCGGUGCCCCCGGAGCACGGCCAGCGCCUGGAGCGCCUGGCCAGGGAGCUCUUCCCGGGCAGCUCUCGCGGCUGCGAGGCCUUCCUGCGCCACAAGGUGGCGCUCAUCUCGCCCACGGUCCUCAGAGAGAACGGGGUCCCGUUCGGUCGGAUCACCCAGGAGGCUGGGGAGUUCAUGGUGACGUUCCCCUACGGCUACCACGCCGGCUUCAACCACGGCUUCAACUGCGCGGAGGCCAUCAACUUCGCCACCCCGCGGUGGAUCGACGGCCGUGGCCGUGGCCGUGGCCGUGGUUGUCGCCCUCGGGAACAAGGGACUGAAGAGCCGAUCGUUCAGGCCCGGGCUAAGCGGCGCCGCUCAGUGGGCACAGUGCGCACAGCUCCGGGCCCAGAGGCCCAGCCCGUGCCCGUGGAUAAACCCUCCACGGACAGCCCUGCACCCCCGAGCCCCGGCUCCCUGCAUCCUGUAGUUGCUUCUGGGUCCUGCUGUGCUCCUGUCCCCUAAGCCCAGGGGACCCUGCCUUCUCCAUUGUUCUUUUGUGUGGAGAUUCAUUGAGACUAGCCACAUUUACAUCUCAGAGCUGUGAGCAAGUUUCUAAGUCACUGGUCUUGCAUGAGAUUCCCUCGGUGUUGCCUCAGGAGGGCCGAGUCCAUGGUAUUUAUCAAGUUCGCCAUGGUUUAUUCUUCCUCCCAGGCUCUAGAAUGCCUUUGGACACUGCUAACUCCUGUGUCUCCAACUGAGGUUUUAUCCACUGGACACCCUGUGUCUAUGUGAACCCUGUAGGUUCUGCUGAGUUUGCCAAAGCCUGGUCUACCCCAGACUCCCAUCCUUUGGGACAACUCUGGACGUUGCCCAGCUUCCGAAGAAUACUGGGCUUUGGUUCCACUCGUCUCUCUCCCUUUUCUCUUCCUCCUUCCUUUGCCCCUCUCCCUUUCCUCCAAAACUAGGUCCCUUUGACCAAUUAGGUCAGUAGAGGCUCAGAAAAUAAUUUAUGAUCUUUCUGAGUCAUUGAUAUGUUUAAAAUGUUAUCACCAGUAUUUGUUCACAAAUAUAUUAAAGGUAACUAAUAUCUGA